CCGUCAAGUGUAGUGUCGUCAAGUUUGCGAAUUGCGAUGAAAUAUUUUGGAAAGUCUAAAUAAAUUCUCUGUUAAUCAAUUAAUUCGCAUAUAAAAUCACUAUCCAAAAGCUCUGUUUAUAUUUUAAAUGUCUAACUAUCAAGAAAUUGUUAAUUUAAACAUCGGUGGUACAAGAUUUUCGACGUCAUGGCACACUUUAACAUGGGUUCCGGAUACAUUUUUUACGGCUCUUCUGAGUGGUCGCAUACCCACGGUGCGGGAUGAAACUGGAGCCAUAUUUAUAGACAGGGAUCCAAAUUUGUUUGGUCUUAUACUGAAUUUCUUGAGGACAAGAGACAUAGACCUUACUAAUGUGAAUAUAAGGGCGCUUAGACAUGAAUGUGACUAUUUUGGUAUCACUCCACUGAGCAGGAGACUUGCAUUGUGUGAUGAAAUGAACCAUUCAUCAUGUGGGGAUGUAUUGUUCUAUGGUUAUCUUCCACCACCACUUAAUGUAGCAAAUACUACUGGAAGAAAUGGCAGUAAUGUAUCAAGAAAAAACUCAACAUCCUCAAACACAGAUGUAGCAGCUAACAGGACACAUUCUAGAAACUCCUCUCUGGACCUACGCACAGUGGGCAGAAUACCAUCACAAGACCAGUUGAGCCGAUGUGGAAGAGGCCAUUCAAGGGCAGCUUCUCUGGGCAAUACAGAGAGUCACAAAGGAUUACGUCCACCAGAAACUAACACCUGGCAGGAGAAUAUGAAAGUACAAAUAAUAAAAGCACAUCACAACUGGGUUGCUGUAGCAUACACACACUUCGUGACAGGUUACAGAUUAACAGACUCGUGUGGUUGGUAUGUAGUUUUCCAAUCGCCAGUCCAAGACUCGGUUAUUGAAAGGAUAGCAUUAAACGCAAAAACCGGUGGUUCAGCGACAUCUAACGGCAACAACUCUACGGGCACUGAUGUCAUGCUGGGCAUAGCUAGUGGGCCUCUUGUUAGGUUAUGGGCUUUCUCUACACAUACAGAACCAGUUCGACGGACAUUGAUAGGCACUUUCAAUUUAGGCGUGCGCGUGGAAUAUCUACUAUUCGUAGGUCCACAGUUAGUAGCGCUGAGUGGCGCUGGCAGUCGAAGCAAAGCCGGAGUAUGGCACACGAGUACCCAGCACUGGCAAACGCAAGAUGUGGCUCAUCUCACCACUUACGAUACAGCAGGCUCCUUCCUUCUGCUUGGCACUGCCACAGGCGCUAUUAACUAUAUCGAUAUGCAAAAGUUUCCUCUAAGAAUGAAAGACAAUGAUCUCUUGGUAACGCAGCUAUAUAAGGAUCCGAAUCAAGAACCAAUCACAGCCAUUUCUGUAUACCUCACACCAAAAACAAAUCUAUGCGGCAACUGGAUAGAAAUAGCGUACGGUACUAGAUAUGGUUCGGUACGCGUCAUCGUGCAGCAUCCAGAAACCGUGGGUCACGGCCCACAGUUGUUCCAAACGUUCACCGUGCAUCAGAGCCCAGUCACUAAGGUAUCUCUAUCAGAGAACUACCUAAUAUCAGUGUGCAGCGAGUACAAUCACGUGCGAUCUUGGCGCGUCACUCGCUUCAGAGGGAUGAUCUCCACUCAGCCGGGGACCACGCCCAAGGCAGCUUUCAAGGUCUUAGCUUUAGAAGCACCCACGGCACAGCCUCAUAACGACUGUGGUCCGUAUGGAGAGCAGGAUGAAGAACAAAUAUUUAUCCAAAAAGUUGUGCCUGAUACGGAUACAUUGUAUGUUCGACUUGCUUCCAACGGGAAAAGAGUAUGCACGAUCCGUUCAGUAGACGGCUCGGCGGUAUCUUGCUUCGUAGUCGCAGAGUGCGAAGGCGCUUUACGGCCUCGCAGACUGUUGCUGUGCGGUCACAGGUCUGGCGCUACGCAGAUGUGGGACCUCACGGGGCCCAUCGACAAGGCGGCCAAGACGCUGCAGGCCGUAGCUAGCGCCACCACUAGCAGUGGCAAUGGCGGUGGUGAAGGUGAAGAAUCUCCCGUACCAGACGGCGGUCCGACACCCGACGAACUGGUACGAUUAUUAUCCGCAUGCGACUUGGACGCGACGCCCGCGCCCGUCGUCGUGCCGCAGUCGCCCAACCGCCCCAUACAGCCGUGAAGCUCGGCCCUAUGCGACGUCAUACUACGAGUGUACUCACUAGUUGUAGAUUAAACGAAUUUAUUGCAAAAUCAACUUUAUCACUACGGUAUUAAUAACUAUUUUGCAUUGUAUUUAAAUAAAAGAAACAACCUUCUAUUUGUUUAAACAACUUGGGAAGUUAAGUUGUAGAUUAUUCCAAAAUCGACUUUAAUUCCAGGGUAUAAAGACUAUUACUGUAUAUAUUACUGGUCGGUUCACAUUCAAGUCACUUGAUCCAAUCUAUUACUGGUAUUCAAGCCAUUUUCAGGCCAUUGAGUUUCCAAAACUGGAUUGAGCAUCUAUACAAUUCCAGUCAAGCUUGACUAAAAAUAAUUAAGACUGUUAAGUCAUUUACUGGACUGAAUAUAGUGAAAUAGGUACUGCAAUGAAAUCUAUAUUCAGUUUUAUUCUUGUGACAAUACACCACUAGAAAAAAUCGCUGAUCUGGAAUAUUACUAAAAUGAAAUGAAACAGUAUUUAUUUUCGGCGAUAUAUCGAUGUAUAAAAUCUGAUAAUUUAAAAUUACCUUAAACUACCUUAAAAAUCAUUGAUAUUGUAGAUAAAACUUUACGAUUGUCUGAGGAACUUUAUAAAUGUUUAUAGAAAAAGAAAUCUUUGAUCUAAAUGUAUUUGUUUUGUUUGUAAUAAUAAUAAUUAUUAUUGUCCUUGGUGUGUCCUUGGUAGUUUUGAGCUCAAUAUUCUGUAUAAAAUAAUGGACUAUUUGACAACUUAUACUGUAAAUAACGGGUAGGUACCUACUAGGUACAAUGAUUUUGUAAUAUCACGAACCACGAAAUAAGUCUAAAAUCAUUAUUUGAUAACUAUAUAAAACCCAAUGACUUUUGUCUUUCUAAACUCCAAAUAAACUGUUUAGAUUAUUAUCAUUUUACGAUAUCUCUUAUUAUAAUCGCUAAUUAAUAUUAUAAUUUAACUACAGGAUAAAUUUCAAAAUAUCAAAUGUAUUCCUCCGUUUACGUUUAUCUGGCGAUUAAAAAUCAGCCCUUUAUGAAAUUGAUUCACGUCUUAGAAUAAUUUUCUUCAUAUUGUGGUGUCAAAUAGCCUGUUAAUUUUAUCAUAGUUUAAUCAUUUAUCUCUGUUACUCGUCUCUUGUCAAAUGGUGGGAUUAAUAUGUAUGAAAUGUAUGUAAAAAUUUCUUCCCCAAACCAUAUUCAUUAUUUGAUAUUAUAAAAGUGGGAGCGCAAUUUUAACAUAGAACAUUUUUGCUGUAUAAUAAACAUUUAAGUACUUAUGUUAUAAAUGUAGAAAUGACUGAAUUGACUAUUAGAUUUAAAUUUUAUAAUGUAAUAUAGUGAAUUAUUUUUGUUAUGUCGAUGUUGCGUAGGUAUAAAUAAUUUAAAAUCAUAUACUUAGAUAUAUUUGGCUCACUAGUACGUUGGAGUUGUCUAAAUAUUUUAAUGAUAGUAUAUUAAAAUAAAUAUCAAAAAUAACGCGACGGGAUUCAAAACGUCUGACCUCAGAUUUCACUAAACAGUUAAUAAAAUCAUAACCCUUCCUUUUGGCUUUGCCGCAGUCGGGUAAAAAAUGGACGAAUAUAAUACGAAAGUUCGCAUGUUAGAAUCUCAUUACGUUAGAAAAACAGUAGAAAUAACUUUUUUACAAAAAAAAGGUACAAGUUGAAUCCCGACGCGUCAUUAAUAAUCAUAAUUCUUGACAUUAUGUAGGUAUUUGAGUCGUUCAAUUUUUAGGGUUCCGUACUCGAAGUUUGAUCUUAUUACUAAACCUCCGCUGUCCGUUUGUCAGCGAGCCCUAUCUCGUGAACCAUAAUAGGUAGAGAUGAAAUUUUCACAGAAUGUGUAUUUCUAUUGUAAACAUGCCAUAACGUUUGUUAUUGUACGACAGUACGGAACCCUUUGUGUGUGAGCCCAACUCGCACUUGACCGAUUUUUUAUCGACGGGUGUAAUUCUGUGUUGGACUAGCGGCGGGGUGAUUCACUAACUCGGUGUCUAACACUGAAUACCACCGAGCUCAUUUUGUAAUCCAUUGAGGGUUUUCUACG